CCCGCCGGCUUCGCGGGCUGGAGAGCGAGGGAGCCGCGGGCGAGGGAUCGCAGGAUGAGCGAUCGGGGCCCGGGCAGCCGGCAGCGGACGCGCCCCCCGAGCCCCACGGCCCGCGCCCCGCGUCCCCCACGGCCCCGUGGCCCUGGUCCCGGACGCGCUGCUCGUGUCCCUCGAGUCCGGUGGGCCAUGCCCGGCCGGCCCUAAGUGUGGGCCGGGGGGCGUCCCCUUGCGCCCAGACCCCGCGCUGGCGCCCCCCGGGCCACCGCCCGGCGCGGGGGCCAUGGCGUUCACCUUCGCAGCAUUCUGCUACAUGCUCACCCUGGUGCUGUGCGCCUCCCUCAUCUUCUUUGUCAUCUGGCACAUCAUAGCCUUUGAUGAGCUGCGGACUGACUUCAAGAACCCCAUCGACCAGGGGAACCCAGCGCGGGCAGUAAGUGAUACAUGUGCUGUGCUGAGCGCGAGCGUUUGAAAAACAUCGAACGCAUCUGCUGCCUCCUGAGGAAGCUGGUGGUCCCGGAGUAUUCCAUCCACGGCCUCUUCUGUCUGAUGUUUCUGUGUGCAGCAGAGUGGGUGACCCUGGGCCUCAAUAUCCCCCUCCUCUUCUACCACCUCUGGAGGUACUUCCACCGUCCUGCGGAUGGCUCUGAGGUCAUGUAUGAUGCGGUCUCUAUCAUGAAUGCUGACAUCCUCAACUACUGCCAGAAGGAGUCCUGGUGCAAACUUGCCUUCUACCUGCUCUCCUUCUUCUAUUACCUGUACAGUAUGGUUUAUACGUUGGUGAGCUUCUAAGGGGGAAACCGGCCAGGGAGCAAGCCCAGAACGGACCGGAUGCCUGUGCACCCCCAGCCCUGCCCCUCUGGCCACAGAGGCCUCAACCCUGGGGAGGAAGGAGGCACUGGUGCCUCCAGCCUCUCCAUCCCCCAAACUGCUGCUGCGGGGACCCCCGCCUUCAGAGCUCUCCCUUUUCGACUAGGGCCAGUCAAAGCUCUAAACAGGGGUGGGGGCUCCUCUGCUAGCCUGCAGCUAGGCAUGGCAGUUGUCCUGGAUGGGGUAGGACUUCCGGUCUUGUCCGUUUCAGGGGAAUUUGGGCCCUGCCAACAGGCAGACCUUGAUCCUGGAAAUUCUGGGCAGCCCACCUUGGCCCUCACCCUGAAGCUCCCCCUGCAGGUGGGGGGGCACCUGCACCAGGAAUGAGCAGGCUCAACAUGGGGGCAGCCCCAUCCCUAGUCUGCCCUCUCCCCUCCCCAGGCUCUCUUUCCAACCCAGUCUCUACUAUCCCAAAUCCAGCCCACCCUGUCCCGUGGACCUAUUUUCUAUGUUGCCUGGAGGAGUCCAGCACCCCAUCCCCCGACAUUUGUGACAAAAUAUGAAUAAACUACUGAAAAUACACAA